ACGUCAGGACGCGGAAGUGGCCUGUUGACGUCUCUUUUCUGUGGAUGUUUAUGACUUACUUUCGCCAUAAUAUUUUUUUACACACUAUACGUCGUGAGGAGACAUGUCACGGAAACAGAAAGAGGAGUAUUACCGCUUUUUCACCGUCAGCGACACACGCACGCACGAGAAGAGCCACACGGAGUACAAGAUCACCGCUCGGUUUGUGUCCAAGUCUCAUCCUGAAGAUGUGAAGGAGGUAGUGGUCUGGACGAGGUUCUCUGAACUAAAGAAGCUUCAUGGAGAGCUGGCCUACACUCACAGAAACCUCUUCAGACGGGAAGAAGAGUUCCCCCCUUUUCCACGAGCACAGGUCUUUGGGAGAUUUGAUGAAGCUGUCAUAGAGGAGAGGAGGAGAGCAGCAGAAGCCAUGUUUGGUUUCACCACCACUAUACCAGCUCUUUACAACAGCCCGCAGCUCAAAGACUUCUUCAGAGGUGGUGAAGUGUCCCGUCCCUUAGACCCCACUUUAGUAGACGCCUCCGGGAUACUACCUCCCCCUCUCAUCCCCCUUCCCAAUCGCCGUACCUCCAACUAUCAACCCGCUGAUGAAGAAACGGGACACGAGGCUCCAACUUUACCCCAAGAUUUAGGAAACAACCUGGUCUUAGACUUGGGAGAGACAGAAGUAGCUGCCGAGGUCUUCUGUGACAUUGGGGGAUCUCCUGAGGAACCAAAUGACUUAGAGCUGGAUGACAGAGUUCCAUCACCAUUUCGAAUGCAAGAUUUACAGGAGUCGCAGGAGGAGCUGAAUUCCCUUUUUGAUUCAUUGGUGGAAGACCAGAUUCCACAUACUGAUGAUGCUCCACCCCCUCUGUCUGAUGAUGACCUGAUUGCAUUUGACCCUUAUUAUAUACCAGGUGGCUCUGACCACUGCGGUGACCACUCGGAGCUGUUCUCUCUGCCCUCAGACAGCAUGAACCCAGGGACUGCUUAUCUGACCAGCGCCUCCUCCGAGCUCACUGUAGCCAUGGAGAAGGAAAAGGAGGGAGAGUUAAGUGCUGCUAUAGUCAAAUACAGGACAGCCGUAGACAUCCUCAUCACAGGAGUUCAAGAUGAUCCAAACUCAGUGCGGCGGGAGGCUGUGAUGCGAAGAACAGCCCACUACCUGAAGCAUGUCGAAAAACUGGUGGACAUGCACUCCACCAGGGACUCUCAUUCAUAGCACUGGUCACUUGGGUAUUGUCAACCACAACGAGCAAUCUGUCAACCAAAAAAACUCCUCAUGUAGUGAUGAUGAAACUCUAUAGUUCCAUAGUCCUGGCAUGAACAGCCUCCCUCUGCUUGUCAGAUCCUCUCAGUCUUUAAUACAGUUUAAGACUAGACUGAAAACCUACCUCUUCCCCUUGGCAUUUAAUACUAGCUAGACAGGAUAUCUUGGUGUUUUAUUGUUUUUUUCCCUAUGUAUUGUGUUAUCUGCAUUUUUAUUUUAUUUUAUGUAAAGCACUUUGGUCAGCUGAAGUUGUGCUAAUGUGCUAUAUAAAUAAGAAAAAGAAAAGAGAUAGAAAAAGUCCCAUCAAGUAACUCCUCACCAUUUCAUCUCCGAUUAUCAUUUUCUGCAAUUACAGACUCUGUUGUACUUGAGAAGGUUGUCUAAAAUCAUCUCAGCCCUCAUAAAAGAUACAUCCUCAUGUUGUGUAGCAACUUCACUUUGAAGGAGAAUUACAAUGCACAUUUGUAGCAUUGUUAGCCAUGUUACAACAUUAUUCCCUCAUCAAAAACAUACCUGGAGUUUUGCUUUGGCUUGUUUCUAUUGAACUUGUUGCUAAAUGAUUGAUUCCCAUUGCUACCAGCAGAGGGAGAGCCAAGCAAAUGACUAAAUGAAGUGCCCAUAAAUGCAGUUCAACAAUAUAGUUAUAAAUCUGUAAUGCCAAGGCAAAUUUGCCAAAUGGCAUGUUUAAACCACAGUUUAGUACACGCUGUCAUUUGUAAUGCAGCUUAUUGACUGUAUUGUCACAGGCUCUUUUCUCUUAGACUACGAUCAUUAGAGCACCCAACCAAUCUUUCUGUCCAGGCGUGAUGAUGUGAUCCAUUCACUGAUUACACGGCCAAUCUCUUAAUCUGAACAUUCAUGGCUGGGACUUUAACUCAAACUAGUUGGUCAACUAGUCAACUUCAUGCUAUGUACUUUCUCAGGCAGAUGGUAUGGAAAGUUAUUCUAUAAACUAUGGUAUGACACUUUCGAUCAUAUAACUCAAUCUAAAUAUUCUUAUUGGUGUUUCAAAGUUUGUUUUCUAACUCAUUAACUGAGAACACAUCGCAGAAACACAUGGUUGUGGAAAGCAAUCCUGAGGAAACACUGGACUCAUGCAAUGAAAACAUGUGCAACUGGUCAAAAAUAUCUUCAUUGUUUUCUUUUAUUUUUUGUGUAAAUACAGUUCCAAAUUACAAAAAUAUUAACAAUUGUUUAAAAUAAAUUGAUAAUAUUCCUUGUAUUACAAGCUUGCAGUAAACCCCAACCAGUUCUGUUCAAGCUAGAACAACUGUGAACAGAGUUACUGUACUAACAUGCACAGUACAAACCAUUACAUCAGGUUAAACUAACUUUGAAUCCAAUUUCAUCACCCUAGGAUAUGCUCACUUGAUAUGAUUAGGAGGUAAAGGAACAAUAUAUGUAUAAGCAUGCAGUUAAUGCACUGUUAGAUGCAGUAAAGUGACUUUUCCACUAACAGGUGCUAUUCUCUCAUUAAAUGCCUCACCAACCAAAGUAAAUAUUUUCCCCACAUGUGAUAUUUUGUAUUUUAACCCACCUCUCACUAAUUCUAAGUCCUUCAGAGUGUCCUGUUGACAUUCUGAGUGUCCAAUUAUGUUCAGUCAUACAAUAGACAUUUCUUUAUUUGAGGGGGCAGCGUACACAGACAUUAAGCUCAUAAAAACAUGUUAUGCACCAGAUUGUAUCUUAACAGCUACGUUUUAUCUACAGUCCCUGACUGACUUGUCCAAGUAAUAGUUUAAACAUUACUCCUGGUGUAUUGACAUAUCCACCUCUGAGGUUUAGGAAAAAUAAUGAAUGGACACCAUAUUUAUUUCAGAUUUGUCUCAACUAGUAAUAUUCAAAUAUAAAGUCAAAGUUCUCCAUUAAAAUGUGCAUCUUUUGUUGUUCAUCCAACAUCCCUUUCUUAUUGAAUGAAGAUAAACAUAUAUUACUGUGUUGUUUAUUUGAUUUGAAGGACCAUUGUUGAGGACAGAUGUAGCCACCUCCAAAUGAGACCAGCAUCGUGGACAACAAAAGAUAAAGGGAAAACAAAAACAGCGAGUGGAGGAGUGUGGUGAAGAGAGCAUGAGCUUGGAACAUUCCUCUUUUGUUUCUGUUUCUAUAAAACACUUUUUCAAUAGCAUUCCUGUCUUUCCUCUAGCUUCCAUCCAAUCCCUGAAAGCUUGAUUUAGUGCUGCACCUGUAAAUCAGAGAUGGAAAGACAGAAGUGUUAGCAUAUGCACACUCUAGCACUCUCUGCUCUGCCCACUGCAAUUAUACUCUCCAGCGGCUGGCUGUGAGCGUAAUAGCCCUUAUUUAUGAGCGAGGAUCAAAUGUUUAUCUAGAAUCAUAAUAUACAUUACAUUCAGCACAAGGCAAUAGAAUGACUUCACGUAGGGAGAAAGACAUUGACCAAAAUUAAUGUCAAUAUUCUUGUGGAUUUUACAGAAAAUGAUUAACUGAUGUUUUGCAAUUUGUCAGGAAUGUGCUAAAAUGUGCCUGUAAAUGUCUUGAUUGAUGUUGAUGAACUAU